AUGCGUUCUCAUCCACUUGAAGUUCAAUUUGAUGUUUUAAAAUGUCUUAAUUUUGACCAAUUAUUCUCUUUUAAACAAACCAACUUUUAUUUUCUCAAUUUAAUUAAUAAAUAUGAGGGAGGAUUGGCACGAAAGAAUUUCUUCCAACUCGAAUUGAUUGACGCCAAAACUAUCGAUAGUCAAAAGUUGGAUUCCCAUGUAUUUAUUAAACUUGAACCUGUAAUUUCUGCAUUUAUUUUGAAUGAUCAACUUAUGAAUAAGUGGAAAGCAUCGUUAGAUAAAUCUAUUACGUUGUAUCUACAUGGGCUUGAAGAUAGUUCUGAUGACAAUACUAAAGACUUUGCUGUUCAGUUGGAGAAAAAAGGUUUUAACAUAAAAUAGGGUUGGUUCAGACCUUUUUCUUUGUAUUUUCUGCCUGUCUUUUAAGUUUCUUCCUUGUGGGAACACAUUUAGCCCCAGUGUACAUAAUGGUCAGCCUUUUCAUAAAAGGAACAUUCUACCACCGCCGCUCCUAUUUGCAAUAGUUUACCUUAUAAAAGAAAUGAAA